AGGACGUGGGGCCGAGCCGGGGUGGGGAUGGCCGGGCUGCAGCUCCUGCAGCUGCUGCAGGUGGUGCAGCUGCUGCAGGUGGUGCAGCUGGUGCAGGUCCUGCAGCUGGUGCGGCUGGUGCAGGCCCUGCAGCCGGUGCAGCCUCUGCCCGCCUCGGGCCGGCCGCCCCACCUGCUGCUGCUGCUGGCCGACGACCUGGGCUGGCACGACGUGGGCUUCCGCGGCUCCGGCCUGGGCACCCCGCACCUGGACGCGCUGGCGGCCGGCGGCGUCCGCCUCGACAACUACUAUGUGCAGCCGCUCUGCACGCCCUCCCGCAGCCAGCUGCUCACCGGACGCUACCAGAUCCACACCGGGCUACAGCACCAGAUCAUCUGGGCUUGCCAGCCUAACUGUGUUCCUCUGGAUGAGAAACUCCUGCCCGAGCUUCUGAAGGAGGCGGGAUAUGCCACCCACAUGGUGGGGAAGUGGCACCUGGGCAUGUACCGAAAAGAAUGCCUUCCGACCCGCCGAGGAUUCGAUUCGUAUUUCGGAUAUCUCCUCGGUAGUGAGGAUUACUAUUCCCACGAGCGUUGCGUGUUAAUCAGAAGCUUGAAUGUAACCCGAUGUGCCCUUGAUUUUCGAGAUGGAGAAGAAGUUGCAGUUGGAUAUAAAAAUAUGUAUUCAACCAAUGUAUUUGCGAAAAGGGCUGUAGACCUAAUUGCUAACCAUCCACCUGACAAGCCUCUUUUUCUUUACCUCGCCUUCCAGUCUGUUCAUGAGCCCCUUCAGGUCCCAGAAGAAUACGUGAAACCGUACAGCUUCAUCCAAAACAAAAAGAGGCGUAAUUAUGCAGGAAUGGUGUCCAUAAUGGAUGAAGCAGUGGGAAAUGUCACUGCCGCCUUAAAAAGACAUGGGCUCUGGGACAACACGGUGUUGAUCUUCUCCACGGAUAAUGGAGGACAGACUUUGGCCGGGGGUAACAACUGGCCUCUAAGAGGAAGAAAAUGGACGCUGUGGGAAGGAGGCGUGCGAGGGAUUGGCUUCGUGGCGAGCCCCUUGCUGAAGCAGAAGGGAGUAAAAAAUCGGGAGCUCAUCCACAUUUCCGACUGGCUGCCCACCCUGGUGAACCUCGCCGGCGGGCACGUAAACGGCACCAAGCCCCUGGAUGGUUUUGACGUGUGGAAAACUAUCAGUGAAGGAAGCCCGUCCCCCAGAGUGGAGCUGCUGCACAACAUCGACCCUAUGUUUGUAGACCCCUCGCCAUGUCAAAGGAGUAAAGUGACUCCCUCAAAGGAUACUUCCUUUCCUCAAGACUAUUCCACUUUCAAUACAUCUAUCCACGCUGCGAUUCGACACGGAAAUUGGAAACUGCUCACUGGAUACCCAGGCUGCGGCAACUGGUUCCCGCCACCGUCUUUGCUCAGUGUCUCCAGUAUCGAGUCACCUGACCCUCCGACCAAGUCGCUGUGGCUGUUCGACAUCGAUCGGGAUCCGGAGGAAAGGCACGAUCUGUCGAGAGAGCACCCUAGCAUCGUGAAGAAGCUGCUUGCCCGGCUCCGGUAUUACUCCCAGGAUUCAGUGCCCAUACGUUACCCCGACGAGGACCCCUACUGCGAUCCGAAAUCCACCGGCGUGUGGGGGCCGUGGAGAUAGAAUGCCUCGUGCCACCGGAAAACAGGAAACUGCCCUCGGGUGGGAGGCUGGAGCCCCAGGCGUCCAGUAGCGUGACUCUCCCCUCAUUCGUUUCCUGUACGCCCGGCCGGGCGCUCAGCACACCCUCUUAUCCUUAAGCCAUGAUGGAGAAUCCAGUUUCAACCCUUAGUGCCUGGGUGAACGUCAGCAUUUGCGUGGCUCCCGGCCUUUGGCCGGGCCAUGUGUCUAAAGCAUAGGGGACCCCUCUUGUGCUCUCGUUCCUCAGCUGCAGGACAGCUGGGGAAUUUUAUUCUGGGUAGGAAGUUCACAGUGAAUUCUGGAGGCAGGCCUGGCCCUCUCUUUCACCUCACAAGUCAGUCAUCUGUUGGAUUCUGCAAUUACCAACAAGCCAGACUACUGGAGGCUGACUCAGAUUUCUUAUAACAUCCAAAGGGAGCAAACAGUCACCAGCAGCCACGUCGGCGAGAGUUUUCAUUCCACCCAUAAGGGUCAGAACCGGAGAUUGCCACCUGAAUUCAAAAUCUGCCCGUCCCCCGCCGCCCCCACCACAUGAUAUGUUUUGUCGAGGUGAGACUUGACCUGUAUCCUCUUCUUCCCAUUUCCCUUUCUGCACAGUGAUCCUUUUUAGUUUGAUGUGAGUUGGUUCAGCCCUCGCCCCUUUACCUGCCCUCAGUCCUCUCUGCCAGUGCCCUUCUCUCAUCUUCACCUGAGGCUACAAUUGGGGUGGAAGGGGAGGAGACAGAUAUCAGAGAGGGAUGCAACUCUCCUCAGGGGCGCUCAGCACCACCAAAAAUUAACAGUAAGCCCUCCUCCCAGUCCUUCCCUAGGUGAACCAGAGGUUGAUGGCAUGAGCUGAAUGGCUAAGACCGCACCCUGACUCAGAGACCGGGAUCAUACCCAGUUUAGCUUCGCAGUUGGAGGCAGUGUUCGAAUCAGGGAGAGGGAGGGGAGGGAUUGUUAGGGUUUGUGUUAUUUUGGGUUUCCUCAGGGACUGUGGGAGCCCAGAUGUAUCUUCCUGAGUGGGAAUAGAUAUACCUGGGUUUCUAGCUGAGGCUCAGAAAGUAGUUUGACCUGGAAGAGGUUAUUUCUGAAUGCAGUGUUAGCAGUGAAGGGGUCCAUGCACAAGAACAGGGAGGAAUUUAAGGGGGCAUCUACAGGAUGGACACAGCGGGUGCAGGGAGAGGUUUGGAGCAUGGGAUACUGAUGGGAGCAGCUAUAGAGAGGCAGCGCCGGCUGAGGUACCAGGCAGAUUCCAGGAUCUGGGCAAGGGGUUGUCGGGAGGGAUGUGUCCGGCUCCCGUAGGGCUAUGUCACAACUCCUGGCUUGGGCCGCCCUCAACUCUCAGCUUCCCCAAAUCCAUGGGGAAACAUUUAGGCCGGGGGAUGCUUGUGCCAAGGAGACCGAGUUCGAGGCUCUGUGGGCCACGGUCACCAAGGGCAUACACUUCCUGAAACGCUUCUUUCACCUCACUCUUCUCCCGCAAGCCCCCCUUAUUCCACACUGAGAUGGUAGUACAUUCUCCAUUCUUCACGUGGUCCCCCCCAAAUUACUUAAUAAAGAUACCAGUCCCCGCUUCUCCAGAUAUCCCCUCCCAAGCCCUUCUCCCUGGGUUGUCCCAAAGAGGUUGACUGUCUGAUUUCUACUCAGGUUAAUAUCUCCUCCUGGGCCCAAGAUCAGCAUCAUUUCCCAUAGGCCACUGGAGGGUCUUUCCUCAUUCCCAUUUUCUUGUCCUUUUCAAACACGAGGGGAAAGUUUCCCUCAACUUCACAAGCCGGUUGUAAUCUUCAGCCUGUAGUUGUUGGGUAUGGCCUGGUACUAAACAACCAUUUCAGGCGCUUGAUAGAUAAUGGUUAAUCAGUCACUCCGAUUCAGGCUUUAGAUUUUGUGUUAAGGAUCUUUCGUUAGAUUUUUUACAAUGCUGUUGCUUGAUAUGUAAAAAAAAAAAUCCCAAAAUGCUGAGUAGGCAUUAAAAUUUUGCUUUCGAUGUUUA